CCACAUCUAGGGCAAGCAGGCUGAGAGUCAAUUCAGUGCUCAGCUCCUCUCUGCAGGCUGGGAAAAGAGUGAGAGAAAGAAGGAAAGAAAACGCUUCCCAAAAGCAGGAGGAAUUGCGGAAGGAAGAAAUCUGGCAAGCAGAGAUAUACAAAGGAAGAUCUGAUCACGGAUAUUAUUUAUAUAUAUAUAUAGAAUUGUUUAUAUAUAUAUAUUUGUACACACGCAUAUCAAUAUUUAUAUAUAUAUAUAUAUAUAUGUAUACAUAUAUACCUGUACAUAACUGUAUUUGUGCUUGUCUGUUUAUAUUGAUAUUUUUAUAUGUAUUUGUGUGUGUGUAAAUAUAUACAUAUAUAAGCAAAUGAAUAUAUAUAAAUUUAUAUAAAUAUCACUGUGAACCAAAAGAAGCAAGAAGAGAACUCUACCAUCGGGGCUGGUCUCUGAUUCUGAGAUCAUACACUAUUUUCAGCAUUAUUUUUCCAAGUCUUUUGCAUUGAACGGAGGAAGACUACGGACCUUUUUCUAUUUGAUCAUUUCCCUGUUGCUACCUCCUCAUCUGUUUUUCUGGAUUGGGAGGAGAAUAACGGUUCGUGAAGGGGCGAGAGAUCGGCGACGUUCCUGUGAUUUGUGCAUUUUGCACCGCCGUAGCUCUUCUGCGUGCUGCGUUUGAUCUGAGCAGGCGGCAGCAGUGAGAGAGAGCGAUAGAGCCAGAGAGCACCGCAUCGUGUGAGCUAGCCAGCAUGCACAAACAUCACCACUGCUGCAAGUGUCCAGAAUGCUAUGAAGUGACCCGCAUGGCUGCCCUGCGCAGGAUGGACGCCCCGGCUUAUGGAGACUGGCAACCCGAACCCUACGGAUACCCUGCCGGCUAUGGAGGCGGCCAGACCUUACCGCCCCAAACCACAGGUGGAGGAGGGGGCAUGGGUGGAGGUGGCACAUUGGGGAGAAGUAAAGGGAAAAUGAUGUCCGCCGGGGGCCCCGGAGGCCCCAACCCCAAGAGCCAUUCCAAGUGCGGCCCCAAGGUGAAUGGUAACAAUUCAGGAGGUCAAGGGGGAUGGUGGCCAGAGUGCACCUGCUCCAACCGGGACUGGUAUGACCAGGCAAACCCUCCCCCCAUCAUUGUGAACGCAGACUCACUGGAUGCAGGCCCUUAUGUGAAUGGGAGCGAUGGCAUGUUUAAAUAUGAAGAAAUCAUUUUGGAGAGGGGAAAUUCUGGCCUUGGGUUCAGCAUUGCUGGAGGUAUGGAUAAUCCACACAUUCCUGAUGAUCCAGGAAUCUUUAUCACCAAGAUCAUUCCUGGAGGUGCUGCUGCCAUGGACGGGAGACUAGGGGUAAAUGACUGUGUUCUGCGGGUGAACGAUGUGGAUGUAUCUGAGGUUGUGCACAGUAAGGCAGUAGAGGCUUUGAAGGAGGCCGGUCCAGUGGUUAGACUGCUGGUACGCAGGAGACAGGCUCCUCCCGAGUCCAUUUUGGAGGUCAACUUACUCAAAGGGCCUAAAGGUCUUGGUUUUAGUAUCGCUGGAGGUAUAGGAAACCAGCACAUCCCAGGUGACAACAGUAUCUACAUAACAAAGAUCAUUGAGGGUGGGGCAGCGCAGAAGGAUGGACGUCUGCAGACUGGCGAUCGACUAUUGGCUGUGAAUAACAUUAUACUUCAGGACGUGCGUCAUGAGGAGGCUGUGGCCGCUCUGAAGAAUACUUCAGACAUGGUCUAUCUGAAAGUGGCCAAGCCUGGACCUGUGCAUCUCAACGACAUGUACGCCCCGCCAGACUAUUCCAGCAGUCUCGGCCUCCCUCCAGCCUUCCCCACCAUGGUGGACAACCACGUCGGCCACAACUCCAGCAUGAAUUACAUGGGAGGCAUGGAAGCUAAACCAGUGUACCAGCCACCCCAGGUCACCCCCUCGAGGUACUCGCCAGUCCCACGCCACAUGCUGGGGGAGGAAGACUUCACCAGGGCCGAGCCCAUUUACAGUGCCAUCCACAAACCUCAUGGGGACACCAGCCCUCCCUCCCCCCAUCUGUGCAGCAGGGGGUCUGGGGAUGUGGGCAGCAGCCCCGCCCCGCCUGCUCUGUGUCAAAGCCUGGUCCCGUACACCGGCAGGGAGCCACGGAAGAUCCUGCUGCACAAGGGAUCCACAGGUUUGGGUUUCAACAUUGUUGGAGGUGAGGAUGGAGAGGGCAUCUUCGUGUCUUUCAUCUUGGCUGGAGGGCCAGCUGACCUGAGCGGAGAGCUGAGGAGAGGAGACCGCAUCCUGUCGGUGAAUGGAGUAAACCUACGCAAUGCUACCCAUGAACAGGCUGCUGCUGCGCUGAAAAGAGCUGGACAGACAGUGACCAUCAUUGCCCAAUACAGACCAGAAGAAUACAGUCGCUUCGAGUCCAAGAUCCACGACUUGAGGGAGCAGAUGAUGAACAGCAGCAUGAGCUCUGGCUCGGGCUCCCUCCGCACCAGUGAAAAACGUUCCCUCUAUGUCAGGGCUCUCUUUGACUACGACAGAACCCGGGACAGUUGCCUGCCCAGCCAGGGUCUCAGUUUCUCCUAUGGGGACAUCCUGCAUGUCAUCAACGCCUCCGAUGACGAGUGGUGGCAGGCACGGCUGGUUACACCCCACGGGGAGAGUGAGCAAAUUGGGGUCAUACCAAGCAAGAAAAGGGUGGAGAAGAAAGAGCGGGCACGAUUAAAAACAGUCAAGUUCCACGCGAGGACGGGCAUGAUUGAAUCUAACAGGCAGCCAGUUAAAGUGAAGCGCAAAAAAAGCUUCAACCUUUCUCGCAAGUUCCCGUUUUACAAGAGCAAGGAGAAUAUAGUGCAAGAGUUGGUGGAGACCGAACAGUGUUUGACAUCUAACAGUGACAGUGAAAGCAGCUCUAAGGGUCAGGAAGACACAAUUCUGUCAUAUGAGCCAGUAAUCCGACAGGAGAUUCAUUACACAAGGCCUGUGAUUAUCUUGGGUCCGAUGAAAGACCGAGUAAACGAUGACUUGAUCUCAGAGUUUCCACACAAGUUUGGAUCCUGCGUUCCACAUACAACGCGUCCUCGGCGAGAGAAUGAGAUGGAUGGGCAGGACUACCAUUUUGUGGCUUCGAGAGAGCAAAUGGAGAAGGACAUUCAGGACAAUAAAUUUAUCGAGGCCGGCCAGUUUAAUGAGAAUCUGUAUGGGACGAGUAUCCUAUCUGUUCGGGCAGUGGCUGAAAGGGGGAAACAUUGUAUCCUGGACGUGUCAGGGAAUGCCAUUAAGCGACUGCAGCAAGCACAGCUCUAUCCGAUCGCCAUUUUCAUCAAGCCAAAAUCUGUGGAGGCCCUUAUGGAAUUAAAUAAGAGACAGACGUAUGAGCAAGCCAGUAAAGUCUUUGAUAAGGCAUUGAAGCUUGAACAAGAGUUUGGGGAGUUUUUCACAGCCAUAGUCCAGGGUGACUCACUAGAUGAGAUCUAUAAUAAAAUCAAGCUGAUCAUAGAGGAGCAGUCAGGCCCUUACAUCUGGAUCCCGUCGGCAGAAAAGCUCUGAACUCGCCUCCACCUGACCCUGCACCCACUCUCACCCGACACCUUCCCAUUCCUCUCACCGAUCAAGUUUUAGUGUCAUCGUUACGUUACCCUCAAAUGAAAACGUCUUAUCACCAUUACUGUGACUGUGCACACCCCUGCAUGAGUUUCUCAGCAAUUCCAUUCGAGAUGGGAAAUGCCACUCCUCUAAGAAAUUUUUUUGUCAUGUAAAACAAAAAAGGGAAGCCGAGUGAAGCUGCUUGUGGGUUUUGGACAGACUUGCUCAAAAUGAAAAGCGAACAGCGCACCGUUUCGGACGUACCUUUGGAAAUGGUGGUCGUCAAAGUGGAAACCUUGCGUUCAUUCAGUUUCUCAUUGUAAAAGACAUUCAAGGAUGCUAAGCAAAGGUUUUCCACAAGGACUACAUACAGAUCAAGCCUGCUGAUGAUGGAGUCACUCGUAAAGAAACUUAAAAAAACUGCUGAUAACCGUCAGGAAUCGCAAACCGGCGGUUUAUAUGGUGACGUCGUUGGAGGCAGAACAAAAUGGAAAUGGGUCUAUAUUGCAUUUAUAUAUUACUGAAAUCACAUGGAAAAUAAAAAUCCUACGGAAAGAUUUUA